AUGGGUUCUUUCACUGAGCGCUCGUGCCCCAAGCCCAUAUCGCGCGUCCCCGCGAAAGACCUGUCAAUUGGCGUCACCCUGCACGAGCUCCUCAUCUACAUUGCUGCACCCUGCACAAUUAUUACUGGCUUUUUUUCCCUCGUCCUGGUCUUCAAACACCUCUGCCGCUACACAAAGCCGACUGAGCAGCGUCAGAUUGUUCGCUUGAUCAUUACCCCCGCCAUUUUUGCUGUUUUUUCUCUCCUUGCCCUCAUCUUCUACGACGAAAAUGAGUACAUUACCCCACUCCCGGACCUCUACGAAGCCUUCGCCCUAGCCUGCUUGUUCAUUCUCUUCACCCAUUACGCUCAGGAACCGACCACCAUCCACCAUAAUGGAAACGUCGAGACGACUAAAAAUCUCGACUCCGGACACGUAGAAGGCCUUCAAAAGGCGUGGGUUGCUGUCUUCCAGUACCCCGUCGUCAAGACCAUUCUCACCAUCGCCACCGAGGCCUCACUUGCCACUGGGAAAUAUUGUGCCAGCUCGCGUAGCGUUCACUUCGCGCACAUCUGGAUCGUCGUCAUCGGCGACAUCUCCCUGGUCGUCUGCUUCCUCGCCAUCCUAGAAUUCUACAAGACGCAAAAGGCCCACAUGACCGUGCACAAGCCGCUCCUCAAGCUCCUCUCCUUCAAGCUCAUCGUCUUCAUCAUCUUCGUCCAGAACCUCGUCUUCAACUUCAUCAGCAUCCCCGACGGCCUCAGCGCCGACGACACCGUCGCGCCCCGCGACAUCAAGUACGGCCUGCCCGCCUUCCUCGUCUGCGUCGAGAUGGUCUUCUUCUCGCUCUUCUUCUUCUUCAGCUUCGGCAGCCGCAUCUACCACCCCUCCAAGCGCCAUCCCGAGCCCCGCGAGCACUUCCUCGUUGCUCUCUUCCACGUCCUCAAUCCUGCUGAUGUGAUCCGCGAUAUCGCGAAGAUGUUUUCGAUGGCCUUGUCCGGUCAGAAGAAGUCUUCAGGGGGGUUUGGGGGGUCGUCCUCGCGCCACGGCGGCCACCGGUCGUCGAGACACGGCCACCACCCGCGUUAUGAACAUCGCUCAGGCCAUGGACAUCGCAUGCGCCAAUAUGAAGCCCCGCGGUAUUAG